AUGCAAAUUUGCACUUCAGAUGGAAGAUUUCAGUUCAUUCCGUACGUUUGGGUUCAUCACGGGCUCGAAGUAUUGGAUCUUCGGUGUGACGAAAAAAACAACCGGAACAGUGACUUCUCGUAUGGGUAUCUAAUGCACCUGAUCAUUCUGGAAUGCACCCGCCUCGGCCUCAAGACGGUGUGGUUGGGUGGGACAUUCACGACUUCCUUCUUUACUGCAAUUCAGUACAACUCAUCGACUGAUUACAUUCCAUGUGUCUCUCCAGUUGGAAACAGUGGCAACGGAAGUGAACUCAUUUGUAUAAUGGCUUGCUCGCGAAAGAGAAAAGAGUUGAAUGAUUAUUUACAUUGGAUAUGCGGAGACCAAAUACAGCAAGGAGAACGCACCAGAGAUGUUCAUGUUUAA